UCCCCGCCAGCAGCAAGUUAUCCCUGACCCGCUGGUACAGUCCCCCGGUAUAUAUUUCCGGGUCGAACCCACCCAAGUAGCUGUCAAAAGGUUUGUCUUUCAUUUCUCUGUAGCUGCAAUUGUCGUUCCCAUAUCAAGCGUUCCUCCACAAUGCCCUUAGAACUGAACCCCGCAUUUGCCGAGGCUGCCGACCCUCUCCUGCAGAUAUUGGCCGCCAGCCCAAAGCACGAAUUGCAUGAUAUCCACGCUCGCCGGAUAGGUAUCACCGCCCUAUAUGAUUCCGUGUUCGCGACGUUGCCCUAUGCUCGGGGUGUAGAACGGACGGUUCAUCAAGUCCGGUCCCAUGACGGAUGGAUUAUUUCCGUCAAACGCUACUAUAAGAAGAACAACUCGUCUCCUACGUCUUCAGGACGUGGCCCAGCAAUCUUCCACGUGCAUGGAGGCGGUAUGAUUCAGGGCACGGUUGAUCUGUUUAACAAGGCGCUCGCCCUGCAUGUCGAGAAGAGCAACAUUCCGAUCUUCUCGGUAGAUUAUCGGCUGGCACCCGAGUGUCCGCAUCCAACACCACUUGAGGACUGCUAUGCUGGGUUAGCGUGGCUCCAUCGGCAGGGAGCCCAAUUCAGGGUGGACAACAGCCGCAUUGGUCUUAUGGGGGAGAACGCCGGGGGAGGCCUUGUUGCGGGCAUUGCCAUGCUGGCUCGGGAUCGGGGCUUAUCCCCGCCUCUAGCGAAGCAGGCUCUCUUUUACCCUAUGUUAGAUGACAAGAAUACUGUCCCGAAUCCUGCGCUGGAGCCUUUCACCACGUGGACUUACGAGGACAAUCUCACUGGCUGGACUGCCCUGUUGGGACAAGAUAUCGGGACGGACAAUGUCUCGCCAUACGCUGCGCCUGCCCGAGCCCCCAACUUGGAAGGCUUGCCGCCAACGUACAUCGACGUAGGCGCGCUGGACAUCUUUCGUGACGAAGCUAUCGCCUUCGCGGCGAAGAUCGCAGCUGCCAAUAUCGAUUUGGAAUUGCAUGUGUACCCGGGGCUGCCUCAUGUUUUCGAGAUCUAUGCCCCAGACUGUGAACCCUCUCAGAGGGCCGCCGAAAAUCGAUUCAAGUUCAUUACCAGCCUAUGAUUCGGCAUACAGGGACUUCGGUAGCAUGUUUUGUCACUGAGAACCGAGUCGCUUGACCAGACCGAUCAGAAUCGAUGGCAAUUUGGCGUGUGUUGUGUGUAUGAUCAGUUGAGCGAUGUGGAACUGACUAGAAUGGUGUUUGGGUUGGCUGUUGAGAGAGUGCGUCAUUCGGAAGAGCGGAGUGGCUGAGCGCCAGAUGCAAUACAAGAUGGUCAGAGCUUCCGGCUAAGCCAUGAGGGUGUUUGUACUGGAUAUCAGUCC